AUGCAGGCAAGCAGGGCUCCGGCACUCAGCGUCAGCACCGACAGCUUCAUUCCAGCUGGCCUGCGCCUUGGUCCCAUUGUGGGCAGCUUCAAGCUCGGGAAGUACCUCUCAGACCGCAGGGAACCUGGACCUAAGAAAAAGGUGCGGUUUGUCAGAGGGGAACUGGUGGAUGAAUCAGGAGGUCCAGCAUCAGAAUGGAUUGGCUUAAUUCGAGCUGCUCGGAACAGCCAAGAACAGAACCUGGAAGCUAUAUCUGAUCUACCAGGAGGACAGAUUUUCUACAGAACUCUGCGGGAUGUACAGGCAGGAGAAGAACUCACUGCUUGGUACUGCAACUCGCUGGCUCAGUGGUUUGACAUUGCCACAACAGCUACACCUACCCAUGAUGAAAAAGGGGAAGAACGCUACAUUUGCUGGUAUUGUUGGAGAACAUUUAAGUUUCCAAACACCCUCAAAGCUCAUAUCCACUUUCACUGUGCCCAUAACAACAGCAGAGGAUAUCUAAAUAAUGAGCAAAUUAGAAGCUCUGAAGUGUUCACUACUUCUCCCAAAAUAUUGGAGGGGAUUCCCAGUAUGAAUCCUUCUCUUAGAGUCAGCUCCCAACAGACUAAUGGAGCAACCAGGGAGGUUAUUAAGAGGGAGUCUUCCUUAUCCCCGGCCAUGGGCAAAAUUGGGGUAAUCAAAAAAGCCUUAGGGAAGGAUGAGCAGGACAAAGCCUUGGAUAUGAGUGUCUCAGCAAGAAGCCAUGGACAGUUUGUUGGGAUUAUGGGUAAUGCCUGUGGCGGGAAUGGCAUGGCAUUUUAUCCUGGUAUCAGAUCUGCAUUUAAGCCUGCUGGAUUGUCCAAAUUACCCCAUGUCGACUCAUCCCGGGAGGACAAUAAAGCUAGUAGCUUCAGCAAACUUCUUGGGAGCAUAAAGCCCAAUCGAUCGGGAAAUGAAACGCUAGUAGGCAACCACCACCACCCCAAAUGUUUGCAUCCUGGGGAUACCCCCUCUAAUAUCCUAUCCUGCACCACUGGCCUGAGGGGAUUCCCUAUACUCUCUCACUUAGAGGAAUCCUCUGCUUUUAAGCACGUGGAGAGGGGAAUUCAUGCCAGCCUUUCACCCAGCACUCGCUAUAACCAGAUGCCCCCAACAGGACUUCAUUUUGAAAGAUUUUCCAUACCUCAGUUUGAAGGCAUCAAGUCAUACUCAGCGGAAUGUAACAUCCCAGUUAUGCCUUUCACAGUGUACAAUGGGGAGCUCUUAUACAGCACUCCCUAUUACCCCUUCAAGUUUCAUUUCAGCAAUUUAAUUAAGUACCCAGAAUCAGUGUCCUACUUUAACGCAGGUUCCGCAAUAAACCCUGAACUGGGCUCUAUUGCCACCAGUAUAGACCGUGAGAUAGCUAUACAUAGUCACCAGCUUUCUGAGAUAGCAGCAGAAAAGAACAGGGCAGGCAGAAUGGACAGUCUGACAGGUGGCACGGCUCCAGGCACUGGCAAACCCAAGAAAGGGCACCUAUGCCUCUAUUGUGGUAAGCUCUACUCUCGCAAGUAUGGCCUGAAGAUCCACAUGAGGACUCACACUGGCUACAAGCCACUUAAAUGCAAGGUGUGUCUUAGGCCAUUUGGGGACCCUAGCAAUCUAAAUAAGCACAUCAGGUUACAUGCAGAAGGCAACACUCCUUACCGCUGUGAGCAUUGUGGGAAAGUUCUGGUGAGGAGAAGGGACUUGGAGAGGCACGUAAAAUCCAGGCAUCCAGGCCAGAGCCUCAGCAAUAAGGACCAGGAGCAAGCUGACCCUUCAUACUCACAACCAGAGCCUAAGAGCGAUGACAAUGAGAGUGAUGUGGAUGUGUGCUUUACUGAUGAGCAAAGUGACCAGGAAACAGGGGACAGCAAGGACCACUGA